AAGACUUUUAUCAUUACGUGUUAAUUUUCUAAACCUUUGGUUAUUUAAUUUCAUUUAAAUUGUUAAUUUUUAAUUAUUUUCUUAGAAAAUGAACAAUUUACUGUUUUUUUGUUUACUCACUUUUGCAAUUACUGUUGCUCAUUCCAGUCAAGAUGGAACCAAAGCUAAAGGUCCAAAAGUGACUGAUAUUGUAUAUUUUGAUAUUCAAAUCGGCAAUGAACCCAUUGGAAGAAUUGAAAUCGGACUUUUUGGUAAAACUGUUCCUAAAACUGCAAAAAAUUUCAUUGGAUUGGCUACAAGGCACAAAGAUCAACCAAGCUCUGAUGGAAAAUUAGUUGGAUACAAGGGAAGUACUUUCCACCGAGUUAUCCAAGACUUCAUGAUCCAAGGAGGAGAUUUCACCAAUGGUGAUGGAACCGGUGGAGAGUCAAUCUAUGGCCGACGAUUUGAUGAUGAAAACUUCAAACUCAAGCACUACGGUGCUGGUUGGCUUUCGAUGGCCAAUUCUGGUAAAGAUACCAAUGGUUCUCAGUUUUUCAUCACAACCAAGAAAACUUCAUGGCUUGAUGAUCGUCACGUUGUUUUUGGCAAGGUCAUCAAAGGAAUGGAUGUUGUUCGUAAAAUCGAAUCGACCAAAACAAGUAGUGGAGAUAAGCCAGUUGAAUCUGUUGUGAUCUCUGACAGUGGUGUCCUUCCCGUUGAGGAACCUUUUUCCGUCACAAAGGAUGAUGCCACCGAGUAAAAUACUCACAAUCAACUGAUCACAGGAAUUGUUUCGUUCAUACUUUCAUUUCUGUUCAAGUUUCUAUCAACUUCUUUCAUUCCGGUAAAUCUACUACAAUUAGCCAAUCAACCGAGAAAAAUAAUGCAUCCUAUGAUUUUUUGAUCGUAAUUUGGGUAAAAUAAUAGACAUUAAUCAAUUUUUAACACAAAAGCCAAACAAUCAGUUUUCCUUAGAAAGUGAUUCAGAAAUCCAACUGAAAUUCGGGUCACAAUCAUGAUCAAAAUAAACGCUCUAACCAAACCAA